AUGGCAGGCAGGCUCUCGCUCCCAGAGGUGGACCUCUCCUGUUCCAUAUGCUGCGAAAUCUUCAGGGACCCAGUGGUCCUCAAGUGCAGCCACAGCUUCUGUGCACCCUGUCUGCAGCAGUACUGGACUCAUGGUGGACUGAGCCGUGACUGCCCUCUGUGCAGAACCCAGAGCGUGGAUGACCCUGUGCCUAGUCUCACCCUGAAGAACCUGUGUGAGGCUUACAUCCAGGAGAGUGAGGGUCUGGAUGACACGGCGGGAGAGCUGUACUGUGAUCCAGGGGAAAUGUGCCCUCUUCACGGGGAGAGGCUUAAGCUUUUUUGCAUGCCAGACAAGGAGGCUAUCUGUGUGGUCUGCCACACCUCAAGGAAACACAAACAGCACGAAUGCUGCCCUGUCAGCGAGGCUGUCGUAGAUGUGAAGGAGAAAAUGAAGUCUGCCCUCAGCUCAUUGCACGAGAAGAGGGAUGCUUUUGACAAAAUGAAGAAAAACUAUGAAGAUACUGUGGAAUACAUUCAGGUCCAGGCUCGAUUUGUGGCGAGACGGACCCGAGAGGAGUUUGAAAAGCUCCACAGCUUCCUUGACGCCGAGGAGGAAGCCAGGAUGGAGGCGCUGAGGGGGGAGGAAGAGCAGAAGAGUCGAGCGUUGAUGCAGAAAAUUGAAGAAAUUACCAGAAAUAUGGCAUCUGUGUCUGAAUCCAUCAGAGAUUUAGAGGAGGGGAUAGCUUUAGAGGGCAUCUCUGUCCUUCAUAAAUGCAAGAAGACAUUGACAAGAGCUAGCAGCCCAAUCGAAGAUCCAGUCAUGGCUCCAGGAGCACUCCUGGAUGUGGCCAAAUAUCUGGGUUCUCUGAACUUCCAUGUGUGGGAGAAGAUGCAUAAAACUGUCAAACUCACCCCAGUGACUCUGGACCCCAACACCGCUGCCCCGUGGCUCGUCCUGUCAGACGACCUCACCAGCGUCUGUGACAGCGAUGAGAAGCAGAAGCUGCCCGACAACCCGGAGAGGUUCGACCCCGACACCGGCGUACUGGGCCGCGAGAGCUUCACCUCAGGCAAGCAUGCCUGGGACGUCAAUGUGGGAGAUAAUACGGCGUGGGUUGUCGGCGUGGCUAAAGAAUCUGUCCAGAGGAAAGAGAAAGUGUCUUCAGUGCUGAAGAACGGCUACCUGAGUGUGUACUUUUACCACAAGAUGUACUUUGCGGGUACUUCUCCUUUAACAAGGCUGAACUUGAAGAGGAACCCACAGAGGAUCAGAGUGCAGCUGGACUGUGACAAGGGCAGGGUGUCGUUCUACGACCCACACGACAACACGCACAUCUACACCUUCAAGCACGCCAUCACGGAGAAAGUCUUCCCUUACUUCUGGGUCGGUUGUCAGCAGUGUCCCUUGACGGUGGAACCGCUGGAGGUUUCUGUGAAAGCGGUUGAAUAUUUGUGAAAAUGCAUUUCCUUUUCACAACUUUUUGCUUUUCUUCAGCACCAAAGGAGUGAGAACUUUUUUUUUUGAAUUUCACACCGUAAGAGGAGGGCGCUUUGAAUCUGAAAUCAAAUAAUCAGCACUUUGUCCUACAACCUUUUCCCAGUAAUGAAUACUUUGCCUGUACACCUUUACAUACUUUAGUUUGAUAUCUGCACUUUGAACUAUUAUGAAAGAUACUGCUAUUUCCUUAAAAUGUUUUUUGUUUGUUGCAAAAUUCAGUUUGAUAACAUAAUGUAACCAAAAAUAUGGCUGUUUAAAGGAAUUUAAAUUUGUAAAAUGAUUCUGAAUUGGCAUGUCAGACUAAAUGUUUUUAAGCCUAAUUGUGUAUAUAACUAGAUAAUUUAUAUAUAACUACAGAUAUUCGGCAAACGCUAAAUAUGCUUUAUGUGCAAAUACUAAUAAGAGUACUAAUUUACAAAUAAAUGAUUUGCAAAUA